AACGCAUCGUCGAUCAUCGCAGCAUCACCCGCAGCUGCCGGGAAACCGCCAUGAGCGUCUUGCUCGAAACCUCCCUGGGUGACAUCGUCAUCGACCUGCUGGUAGAUGAGUCCCCCAAGGCUUGUGAAAACUCUCUCUGGUAUUCCGUUGUAGCUUCCUCAAGCUAUGUAAGGUGAAAUACUACAAUUUCUCCCCCGUCCACAGCGUCCAGAAAAAUUUCACCUUCCAAACCGGCGAUCCGAUUGGGCCCGACUCCUCAGACAGCGAUGGUGGAUCGUCGAUAUGGGGCCUGCUGCAGGGCCCAUCUCACCGGACGUUCCCCCUCCAACUCCCCCGGAAGUUGAAGCACGACGAGCGCGGCACCGUUAGCAUGGCGACCGUUCCCUCCCCUAAUGACCCCGAUCUGCGCAUCGCCGCGAGCCAGUUCCUCGUCACGCUCGGAGACAACCUCGACCACUUGGAUGGCAAGGCAGUGAUAUUUGGGAAGGUCGUCGAGGGAUUUGACGCCCUAGAGAAGGUCAACGAGGCCUUUACCGAUGAUCGCGGUCGACCACUCCAGGACAUCCGGAUCCGCCAUACCGUCAUUCUCGAUGAUCCUUUUGAUGAUCCCCCGGGCUUGGUGGAGCCAGCAGAGAGCCCUGUGCCAUCGAAGGCACAGCUGGCUACGGUGCGAAUCGCCGACGAUGAGGACUUGGAUGACAAUAUGGAUGAGGAAUCGAUGGAGAAGCUUCGGCGGGAACGCGAGGCAAGAGCACAAGCGUUGACUCUGGAGAUGGUCGGCGAUCUUCCAUUUGCAGAGGUGAAGCCGCCAGAGAACGUCUUGUUUGUUUGCAAGUUGAACCCGGUGACCCAAGACGAGGAUCUGAAUCUGAUCUUCAGUCGCUUUGGGCAGAUUCUGUCUUGUGAGGUCAUCCGGGAUAAGCGGACGGGUGACAGUCUCCAGUACGCUUUUAUCGAGUUUGAGAAUCAGAAGGAUUGUGAGCAGGCCUACUUCAAGAUGCAGGGCGUCUUGAUCGAUGAUCACCGCAUUCACGUGGAUUUCUCUCAGAGUGUCUCCAAAUUGUCUGAAAGCUGGCGCAAUGCCACCAUUACGAAACGCGGCGGUCAACGGGGCGGCUUUGGCGGUGUCGCCGGCCUUGAGAAGAAGCGCCAGUACAGGGCAUCUGACAACCCCCGGCAACGGGAUGAUUACCACAUGGUCUUCAACAAGGAUUCAUCCAAGGCGAAGCCUGCUCAUCGUGACCGAUCGUAUAGCCGAAGUCCGCAGCGCAGCUCCCAUCGGGAACGACGAGUCAGUCGCAGUCCUCGGCGGGACUCGCACCGCAGUCGGUACCGGAAUCGAUCCUACAGCCGGAGCCCACCACGGCGGGAUUCCUAUGGCGACAAGGAUCGGAGUAGGCCGUACGAAGGUGGACGACGGGAUCGACGAGAGGAUGAUCGAUACCGGGACGGACGGCGUCACUGAGAUCUGAGGAUGAAAAAUGAAAAAAAAAAAAAAAAUUAUCAUACAUACAUACUAUAUUCAC